UGUCAGAGCAGCCAGCAGCCAUGUCCCGACCCGGUGUGUUUGGUGCGCGGAGAGCGGAGAGGAUCGAGAGACUGCAUAGGGGACUUGAUUCUAGAGCGAAAAGGUUAGUCCAAAAGUACGGAUCGAGUGCACACCUGAUCCCAGACACGCUGCUGCUGGCAGAUGACAUCAGGAACAACCACUCUACAGGGCGGCAAGGGUACUGUACAGCAAGUGAAGUGAAACACGCUGUCAGCUGGCUGGUGCUUGAGCCGCUCAUGGCGGCCCUGCAGGAUGUUAAUGACGCCGCCGCCGCCCGGUGUCGGCACUGCCAGCCCGACCAGCCCCUCAGGAUAACUUCCAUCAAUCCAUCGGGCAGCAGUGCCGAGGGACUGUCGGACGAGUCAAUCGGCCGAGGGGGGAUGUCUGAUUUUGAUCUGAUGUUCGAGUUCGACGGUCCCUUCCGCUGGGCGGCGCUCGGAAAGAGAGAGGAGCCGGCCGUUAUUAGUCCACAGUCUGCACCAGAGCUGUGGGCCCGACCGACCAAAAACCAUGGCUUCGUAACGCUCCAUUGGGUCAGGACGAGAGCGUGCUGUCAUGAGAAGCCGCUGGAGGCCCUGCCGGCCGAUUCCGUUCGCCGGCUCAUGCGGGACGUGUGUACAGUAAUGGGAGGCAAGGCCGCUGUUUCGGUUCGCCAGCAGGACGCGUGGACGACAGUACUAGGAAACAAGAUCGACACCGCCGGACCGGCGGUCAACAUCAAAAAUAUAAAUGAUGUUACAGCCGGAGGCAUUGACUAUGUGCCCUGCAUCUUUGUGCGUGGGUGGUGGCCGGCAGACGACCGGCUCGACGGAUGUCACCUGGAGGCCGACUUUCCACCAGCAGCGGCACGAGAUGACAUCCGUCGAUUCGGGGUACACCUGGUACCGACCGGCCGGCCCGGCAGUGACACCGAGUUUAUCGAGUUCCGUAUUUCCCACUCACGGGCUGAAGUCGUCGCUGUCCGCCACCUCGCGCCAGUGAUACGAGCGGCUAUCAUGGCUGUGAAAUCAAUGAAAGGUGUCUUGAAAAAGAACGAGGUGGUGAACGAGCCCGACGAGGACGUGCCAUUGAAGUCAUACUAUAUAAAGACAGCGGGACUUUGGCUAGCCCAAAUCACGCCCGUUGAUAUGUGGACGGGCAUCACUGACGGUGUCCACAAAAUACUGGACUGGCUGGAGACAAGCAUCGCCGCUGGAAGACUGCCUUGUUUUUUCGAUCACAACAUCGAUGUGGCCGCUGAACUCACUCCAGGCCAGCGACAGGCUAUCAUCGACACACUAAGGCUAAUGAGGGAGCACGCCACGCUCCUUCUGAUGGCCGUGUGUCAGGAUGAGUGGUACGUGGACCUGCUGCUGCAGGGCGGUACGGAGCCGCCCUCAGAGCGAGAGCUGCGGCUCCGUCUCGGACGGACGCUCGUCCGACAGGCUGUGGUUGAGAUUGUCCGUGUCCGCCCCACGGCUCCGUGCUGGGAGAUCUGGUGGGAGCAGGCCGUCCCUCCGCUAGUCCGCACAGCUCCACUUCUACUACAGUGGUACCACUACAAGGACUCAGGAACAUUUCGGCAGCAGUGCUACCUGUUCAUGGCAUGGGCCGUAGUCGACCCGGCAGACCUGGUGAGCGGGGCGCCGGUGACGUCAUCGGCCAGUGAAAGCGUCACGUUGGACGUGACGCCACUGACAAAUCUCCUCACCAGGCCUGACCUGGAGUUCCUGCUGGGUGACUCGGACAAGGUGGCCACAUGGUGCAGUCAGCAGCUGCGGCGGCCGCUGGAGGAACGGCCAGCCGGACUGACCGCCGAGCUGGACACGCCGCGGGGCCGUGCCGAGCUGCUGCUGCGGCCUGAGCUGCUGCUGCAGGCUGUGGACGUGAACGCGCCGGUUAAAAUGGACCAGUGGAAGCAAAUAGACCGGGUGGUGAGGAACGGGUGGAUGAGGAAUUACCGACUAAUGCGUACCCACCAGGAGACCAGGGAGAAGCUAGAGCUGUUCUUCAACACUAACCUGAAUGAAUACCUUCAUAGCCUACUGCCAGAUAUGGACGCCGCGUCUGUGGCCGCCACGGCCGGCCUCUGGCGCCGCCGGCUGCAGCAGCUGCUGUCCGGUGACCGGCUACGGACGGCUUAUGAAGCUGCCGUCGGCUGGUGGCCGGACCGAUGGGAGAUGACGCCCUACUACCUGGCGGUGAACGAGACCGACUCACAAGACUCGGAGCGGGAUGACGACGGUGGAGAGGCCGGUGACGAGCAGCAGCGCGACGCAGACGAGGAGCAGACAUCGGAGGGCCUGCCUCGAACUCAGCGAGAGAAAUGGCAGCAGCUGGAGCGACAGCAUCAGCAGCUGUGGCAGGAGCUGGAGCCGCGGGGCUACGGGGAGAGGAGGAGUCUGAACGAGCAACAUGAUGAGGAGCGCCGGCGUCUGGAGCGGGAUCAGGACAGGAAGUGGCGGAGAAUGGAAAAGCGGCAUCAUGACGAGCUGAAAAAGCUCCAUCAGCUACACAACAGUGCUGUCAGAUGCGUGGAGCUACAGACCGAGGGACAGGCGCAGUUCCUUGAAGAGAAAUGUCAAAAGCAAAUGGAGCUGCUGAAUCGGAGAGACCGAAGGCAGUGUGAAGGGUUGGAUCGACAGCACCAAAUGGAGUGGGAUGACCUGGAGCAGGAGGUCCAAGAGCAGUGGAACCAAAUGAAGGAGAAGCACCGACGAGAAACACAGGAGCUGGAGGAGAGAUACCCGAACAUCCGGACAGGGGAGGAGCUGGAUCGGCUGAUGGAGGAGUGCAGCAGGAGGCGUCAGCAGCUCAGGGAGGAGCUGGAAAAGGAUCUGGACCAGGAGCUGAGAAGGGAUCUAGAGAAGAAAGAGGCACUUGUGCGAGACUUGGAGAAGCAGGAGGAGAAGCAGCAGCAGCAGAAACAAUAACAACAACAACAACAACAACAACAACAACAACAACAACAACAGCAGCAGCAGCAGCAGGAGCAGCGCCAACAACAA